AUGGAGCCGUAAUUGGGAAGCCCUUUUUAUCCAAUGACAAAAUGGCUUUGGUCACUCAGAGUAGAUAAGAUUGUCGAUCACACUACACAAUCGAAUCUAAGGUCUGUCUUCUGGUCGUAGGAUCUUCAUAGUUCACAUGCACUUGGAUAAACUUGUUCGAUCAUCAAUGGUGAUGGGUCCCCAUUCUCGGCCACGUGUCCACCUCCAUCUUCGAAAAGCUUCACGAAUCCCUUGCCCACGUCACUCCCAAAAAGUCCCAUGACUCUGAUUGUGGACCAAUCUUUUGAUGAUGAUGAUAAUAAAGGAAAGAACCAGGCUUCAGUUCAGAUUCACAAACUUCCCUUCUGCUCUUUAUCUAAGUCAGAGUCUCAGCUGCAUUUUCCCGUGGUGCUUAUGUUUUGAUUUGAAGUUUUGCUUGUGGAAGGACUGACUAGUUUAAGAGUUCAUAAGCAAUAAAUUGGGUUAAAUUGGUUUUAAAUUGCAAUGUAAAUUGAGUUCUGGAUCUUGGAAAGUAAUGGCAGAAUAAUUUUCAAUGGAAUCCAGCAGCUUGUCCCCCAUUAAGGCGAAUCAGCUCAGAAGAAAACCGGUGGAGUUUCGAUUUAGACUCACUUUGAACUGACAGAGAUUUUGAAUAUGAGCCAAUGGAGAGAACUUGUGAAUUCUGUGCUGCAUUAAGGCCAAUUAUUUACUGUACCCCUGAUGCAGCUCACCUUUGCCUUUCCUGUGAUGCCAAAGUUCAUUCAGCCAAUGCACUUUCAAGUCGACAUCUUCGAACGCUCUUGUGCGAAGUUUGCCGAAGUUUCCCUACCUAUCUUCAAUGUUUAGAUCAUCAGAUGUUUCUAUGUCGUGGUUGCGAUCGAACCCUUCAUGUUUCCUCUUCCCAACACCAGAAAAGAACUAUCAGAGGAUACGUGGGAUGUCCUUCAGCCAAGGAUUUUGCAGCACUUUGGGGGUUUCAUGUAAAUGAAGUUGACAAAGCUAAGUUUGUGUCCACUUCUGGCUCUGAUACUUCCAGUGUUGUUAAAACUUUUGACGCAUCGGGACGAAGUCGUUCACAUAUAGCUGCAGCUGGAAACAAGGUGCUCUACAAAGGUCAAGAAAAGGGCACUUCAUUCAUUUUACAACAAAUUCUCGAGUUGAGUCGUCUCCAGCUUGUAAAGAAGAAUAUCCAUUCACCUUUGAUUCUUGGUGAGGGAAAAGAUGGUGCGACUUCUUUAAAGACAUGUGCCUCGGAAAAGUUUGAACAGUCUCUUAAUGAACACGUGAACCAUUCCGAAAAUCGCAGUACUGAUAUUCAACAAAGGGACAACUUACUUCAGGAGCUGAAGAUGACUUCGUUUACUCAGCUUGAGAAUUUUCCAUUGCCAUCCCCUAUUUUGCUUCCCUUCCAUGGAGAAUCCCUUUGGAAUUGUAAAAGUCCAGCUGAAAGUCAGAUAUGGUCUCAAAAUAUGCAAGACCUCGGAGUUUGUGACGAGCUUGUUUCUCGCGAUGAUUUCAACAUACCUGAAGUUGAUUUAACAUUCCAGAACUUCGACGAGAUAUUCAACAGCGAUCAAGAUCCUACCGGCAGGUUGUUCGAUAAUAAAGACGAGUCGUACUCACACUCCUCUAUGGAGAAGGAUGUGUCACUUAGUAAAUCAAAUAAUCACGAUGGAAAAGGGAUGGAGGCAAGCUCCGCGACCUCAUCAUCUUGCAUCUUCUCAUAUGCUCUCAUGGACAAAGAUAGUGAACCCUCUGAUGAAGUUUGUAACCAUCCCAUGAGUACAAACAUGGAAUCUGCUCGUCCAAUCCAACCCUCCCUUUCAACUUUGUCAUUUGCUGAUUCAAGGAUGAGUCUUGACAGUGCAGGAACAGACUUCCCUGAUCGGGCAAGAGGCGAACCUUCAUGUAGCUCGCCUUACCAUCGUGACUGUAAACACUCCUUGCCCCUCAACAAUGUCGAUGCUGCAACAAAAAUUUACAAAGAAAAACAGCAGUUUCAAUUACAAGAGAAACAAAUCCGACGAAAGGCCAGAUCUCUCGUGAAGAAACGAGUAAAGGGAAGAUACGAAAAGGGCGAACGAUAUGACUCUAGUACCGUUGCUUUCAGUCGAAGCUAUUGAACUUCGAUUUUGUGCAUCCUUUUGUACAUCCUUUUCAACAGAAUAAGGUAUCUCUUCACUUUAAUUCUUUUCAAUCAGUUCUUUCGAUGCACAGGCUUUGAAGUUAGCAGCACUUAUGGCUACACUUUACCAAAGCUUAUGAGAAGAAAGCUUAGUACAAACUUUGAUAUAAUUGAAUCCAAUUGACAAUCAUGAUGCGGAUUGCCUUC